AUGAGUUCCUCUACCAAGCAACAAGUUACCUCUCUCACCCGGUCCCUCUCCUCCAUCGAAACGCAAUUGAAAAAGAUGCUUUUGGUCGUUGAAAAUUUCGAUGUGGCGACCGGUGAAAAAAUUCGCUUGGAAGACAUUCUUGAAUCUUCUAUUGAACUCUACGACAAUUUUCGGUCCGAUCAAUUGAAACUUUUUGGUCUAGUUAAAGAAGAAGAAGUGCCAGAUAUUGAGAUACAAGGGCGAAUCGACAUGCUUCUCGGUAUGGAAUUGUACUGGGAAAUAUUUUCUGGAAGGCAAGAGUUUAUGGAUGGAAAGUUUUCGUUCCGUGAAACCAAGUUCGGCUGGGUAGUUGGUGGAAUAACUGAGCGACAGGGCGAGUUUUCCGAAACUGAUGAUUGUUUCUGCAACGUUAUGACAAAUGAAGAGUUGCAUGAUAAACUUAAAAUAUUUUGGGAAGUUGAGGAACUCCAACCAUCAGAAGCAGUCUCUGAGGAAGCAUUAGCCGAAACUCAUUUUUGUGACACGGUCGAAAGAACAGCUGAUGGUACAUAUAUGACUAGACUACCGUUUCGAAAGGGAGCUACAUUGGGCAAUUCUUCAAAUCUAGCUCACCAAAGAUUUCUUGCUAUGGAAUAUCGCUUACUCAAGAACCCCACAUUGUAUGAUGACUACAAAGCGUUUAUGGCCGAAUAUUUAUCCAUGGGCCAUAUGAUAAAAAUCGGAACUAUCGAUACAGUGGUUGACGGUCCAGACCAGUACUUCCUUCCCCACCACCCUGUCCUCCGACCAUCUAGUAGCACCACCAAAUUACGUGUCGUUUUCAAUGCGUCCUCAAAAACUUCGAACGGUCAGUCCCUGAAUGAUAAUCUUUUGGUCGGCCCAACCAUUCAACAGAAUUCGGCAGAUAUUAUUUUGAGGUUUCGAAAACAUCGAGUCGCUAUGUCAGCUGAUAUUUCAAAAAUGUACCGAAUGAUAAAGAUGCACCAAGAUGAUCAACGGUUCCAAAAAAUUCUAUGGCGAUCGAGUCCUGAUAGUGAAAUAUCUGUGUAUCAGUUGACAACCCUCACGUACGGCACGGCCUGUGCUCCCUUCAGCGCUACUAGAUGUCUUCUACAACUCUGCCAAGACGAGAAAGAUCGUUUUCCUUAUGCUGCGGCUCGUGGCACUACUGACUUCUACAUGGACGAUGCAUUGACCGGUGCGGACAGCACAGAUGAAGCAAGGACUCCACAAACUGAACUAAUCGAAAUGUGUUGUUCCGGAGGGAUGGUUCUGCAUAAAUGGUGCUCCAACGACAGCAAAAUCUUGGAUGCUGUUCCCAGCGAAAAUCAAGAACAAAAGGUAAUUUUCUCGAACGACAAAUCAACAAAGACGCUUGGGCUAACCUGGCAGCCUAACACUGAUCUCUUUGUCCUUGAUUUCUCAUCCAUCGAAUUCAAGACUUGCGGAUGUACGAAGCGUGAAAUUCUGUCAGACGUGGCAAAGCUGUAUGACCCGAUCGGACUGAUCGGUCCUGUGAUUCUGACAGCCAAGUUGAUUGUUCAGGAGGCAUGGAAAAGCGGAUAUGGCUGGGACGACGUUGUAGACGAAGGGUUGAAAAACAAGUGGCUCAAAUUUCGCUCUCAAAUCCAACAAGUAGACCAAAUAAAAGUCCCAAGGUGUGUGCUCCCUAACAACCAAUUGAAGUCCAUCGAACUACAUGGCUUCUCCGACGCUUCGAAAUCAGGCUACGGAGCCUGCGCGUACGUAAGAUCGGUCGAUUGCGAAGAUAAAGUGUCGGUUCAGCUCCUUUGCUCAAAAUCGCGUAUAGCUCCAAUUCGUAAAACAGAGGAGGAACAGUUAACUAUUCCAAGACUCGAGUUAUGCGGCGCUCAUGUUUUAGCUCAAAUCAUUGAAAUUGUGAAACGAUCUUUUGAAAUUACCUUUGACCAAAUAAUUCUUUGGAGUGAUUCCAUGGUAGUAUUAACUUGGAUCCAAACACCAUCUACUAAGCUCAAAACAUAUGUUUCUAACCGAGUAGAUUACAUCCAAAAAACGACCAGUCCAGCUUUGUGGCGGCACAUUGGCACGAAGGAGAAUCCAGCCGAUGCCCUGUCACGAGGACUCAUGCCGAACGAGAUUGUCGACUUCGAUAAAUGGUGGCACGGGCCGUGCUUCCUGCAGAACAUCGAGGCUACAUGGUUAUCUGACGACAAGCCAAACAUCGAAAUCGAGGACAUCCCAGAACUGAAGGCAUUGGUGAGCGUGGUCAACGAACGGUUCAGCAUCUUCGAAAAUAUUGGCAGCUUCGAAUCGAUGCUACGCACGAUGGUCCAGAUGCUGCGAUUCAUCAGAAAAAAGCCGAAACAACCCUGCACAUUUCGGACGAAUGUGUAUCACGUGCUGGAACUCAACGAUGCUUUGGUGAAAUUGGUGAAGCUAGUUCAAGAAGAAGUUUUCUCUGACAUCAUCGAAAAACUUCGCAACGGCAAGUCAAUUCCCCGAGACAGUCAUCUGCUAACUCUCGGACCAUAUCUCGACGACGACGGUGUGAUGCGAGUUCGUGGACGACUUCAAAAGGCGCGGAUUCCCGAGGACAUGAAGAACCAAAUGAUCCUCCCGGCGGACCAUCCGUUCACAGUAGCAUUGAUACGGUCGUAUCACACCAAGUACCUCCACGCAGGACCUCGUCUUACCAUCGAAGCUCUACGCCAAAAGUUCUGGAUUGUACGAGGGCAAAACAUAGUAAAGAAGGUGAUUCGCCAAUGUACCAAGUGCUUCAGACGAAACCCGAAAAUUUUGAGUCAACCUGUUGGCGAGCUCCCUGUCUGUCGAGUCGAGCAAAAUUAUCCUUUCUACAACACCGGAGUAGACUUCGCAGGGCCUGUGAGUCUACAGCAAAGAAACAGAAGAUCGACGGUCACGUACAAGGGCUACAUCGCUGUGUUCAUUUGCAUGGCGACUCGGGCGAUCCAUUUAGAGCUGGUCGGUGAUCUGACAUACGAGGCGUUUAUUGGGGCUCUCCAAAGAUUUGUCGGACGACGAGGGGCGAAGCGAAUCCUCGCAGAGCUGCGAAAGUUGUUUUGCGACGAACAGCACCAACAAUCCCUGGUCAACUACUGCAGCGAAGAGGGCAUCUCUUGGCACUUCCAGCCACCUUACUCUCCUAACUUUGGUGGCAGCUGGGAGUCUGGUGUAAAAUGGCAGCGAUGGCACAUCAACUACUUGACCCAACUGCAGAACCGAACCAAACUUGAUCAAGCGAAGAACAUCGAACCUGGACAGGUAGUUGUGGUGCGCGACGAGAAUCUUCCACCCCAAAGGUGGAUCCUUGGCCGAAUAGUCGAAACCUUCCCAGGACCGGACGGUAUAGUACGAGUCGCUGACAUCCGGACCCAAGACGGCAUAAUUCGACGAUCGAUUUCGAGAUUGUGUAUGUUGCCAAUCCAGGACAAUUUGGUGACACUACACACAACCAUCAAGACUGGGUCCCAGAACUUACAGGUUCGACGUACCGUCACCCAACAUCCACCAAGAGGACGGACGCUAAGUCGGUUGCAGGCCACAAGCGAUUCCUACAACUUCACGGGAAUCACCAACGACACCGCUAGCCAGAUUUGGAACGGUGUUCCGGAUUCGCAUGCGUCGUCAGUAGCCGACAUCAAGCCCGUCGGUUACUUCAGCCACGCUGUUUCAUCGGUGUUCGCCUCCACCAGAGCCCACACCUCCACCAGAGCAACGAUACUUGCAACGGUAUCAGUGGACCAGGAACCACACUUUUGCGGUUAA